AUGUCAAAAAUGAUUCUCGUGGUCGAACUGAAAAUUACAAAAUCGGACGGAACCUCCUUAGGCGGUGACGAACAAUCAAGUGUAGCUCCCAUAAACAAUUUCCUACAUAGUCUGUUUAAACAAGUUGAUGUUUUUUUAAAUGGAAAACAAGUUACUCCGGCUAUGGGUACUUAUGCUUAUCGCGCCUACCUGGAAACCCUCCUGAAUUACGAUGUCUCGGCAAAAAAAUCUCAACUCACCUCAGCAUUAUAUUAUAAAGAUACCCCAGGACAAAUGGAUGAAACAGGAAGUCUCCCAUCAGAAAAAUCAGUGGAGGUCGUUACAAAUGUCCCAAGUAGUGGUGUUGCCACUAAGAAAACCAUAAAAUUCAUAGUACCGGGAAAUGGAAAUCAAGGCUUUGCAAAACGUCAUAAAUUUAUUCAAGACGGAAAACUCUUGGUAAUGUCGGGACCAAUUUUUUGCGAUAUAUUUAUGAUGGAGCGAUUACUACUUAGUAUGGUGGAUCUCAAGCUAGUCUUAAACCGAAACUCUGACAAGUUUUGUUUAAUGGAUAAAAAUGCUAAUCCUAUGAAUGCUAAAAUAAAACUUGUGGAUGUAACUCUUAAAGUACGUAAGGUUAAAGUGAACGAGACCACUAAGGCACAUGAACUGGCAUUGAAAUCGGUACCCGCUACUUAUCCUAUACGACGGGUGGAAUGCAAAGCAUUCACCAUACCGGGAAACCUUCCACAAAUAAGAAAAGAUAAUAUGUUUGCUGGAAUCAUCCCCAAGACAUUUGUUUGCGGUUUCGUAGACGCUGACGCUUUUAGCGGAGUUCACACAAAAAACCCAUAUAACUUCAAACACUUCAACGUAUCAUCGGUGACAUUAACAGCAAAUGGUGAAGAAAUACCGUUUAAACAACUUGUCCUUAACUACAAAGAUAACAAGGAAAAUUUCAUCCAAGCAUAUAACACAUUAUUCUCAGGCACAGGAAAAAUGAAUUAUAAUACCGGUCUCGAUAUCUCAAGAGAGGAUUAUUACAAAGGAUAUACCCUAUACGCAUGGGAUCUCACUCCGGAUAUGUGCGGUGCCUCGCCCUAUUUUAACACAGUGCAACGGGGUUCAUUGACACUUGACAUUACGUUUGCUGCUGGGGAUGUUCCAAGUGCACCCAUUUCCUUGGUAUGCUAUGGAGACUUUGAGAAUGUCGUACAAAUAGAUUCGGAAAGAAACGUAAUCUAUGAUAUUUCUACAUGA